AUGGUGAUGCAAACAUUGCCAAGCAGUGUUGUGAUGCCAACAUUGCCAAGCAGUGUUUUGAUGCUCAUAUUUCCAAUCAGUGUUGUGAUGCCCACAUUGCCAACCAGUGUUGCGAUACCAACAUUGCCAAGCAGUGUUUUGAUGCUCACAUUUGCAAUUAGUGUUGUGAUGCCAACAUUGCCAAUCAGUGUUGUGAUGCUCACAUUUCUAAUUAGUGUUGUGAUGCCAACAUUCCCAAUCCGUGUUGUGAUGCCAACAUACCCAAUCAGUGUUUUGAUGCUCACACUUCCAAUUAGUUUUGUGAUGCAAACAUUCCCAAUCAGUGUUGUGAUGCCCACAUUGCAAACCAGUGUUGUGAUGCCAACAUUGCCAAUUAGUGUUUUGAUGCUCACAUUUGCAAUUAGUGUUGUGAUGCCAACAUUGCCAACCAGUGUUGUGAUGCUCACAUUUCUAAUUAGUGUUGUGAUGCCAACAUUCCCAAUCCGUGUUGUGAUGCCAACAUACCCAAUCAGUGUUUUGAUGCUCACAUUUCCAAUCAGUUUUGUGAUGCCCACAUUGCCAACCAUUGUUGUUAUGCCAACAUUGCCAAUCAGUGUGUUGAUGCUCACAUUUUCAAUUAGUGCUGUGAUGCCAACAUUGGCAACCAGUGUUGUGAUGCCCACAUUGGCAACCAGUGUUGUGAUGCCAACAUUGACAAUCAGUGUUUUGAUGCUCACAUUUUCUAUUAGUGCUGUGAUUCCAACAUUGGCAACCAGAGCUGUGAUGCCCACAUUGCCAACCAGUUUUGCGAUGCCUGCUUUGCCAACAGGUGUGGUGUUGCCAACAUUGUCAAUCAGUGUUGUGAUGACAAUAAUGCCAACCAGUGUUGCGAUGCCCACAUUGCCAACCAGUUUUGCAAUGCCCGCAUUGGCAACUAGUGUUGUGAUGCCCACAUUGCCAACCAGUUUUGCAAUGCCCGCAUUGGCAACUAGUGUUGUGAUGCCCACAUUGGCAACCAGAGCUGUGAUGCUCACAUUUUCAACCAGUGUUGCGAUUCCAACAUUGGCAAUCAGUGUU